GUGAAACGAAGAGACGCUGAAUGGCGUCUUGACACAAGUGUGGGGUGAUCUGAAAAUCCAUUUACGUCGAAACGUAAUACAAGCGAGACGUGAAAUUUCUUUGAAUUUUUCAGUCGCGAUGAAUACGAUUAUCCGAUGCUGCUGACGGUGUCCCUGGAAAGUGCAUGGGGAGAAUUUCAUUUAUUCAAGGAUCAGUCGUUCCGCACGUGCAGCGUGUAAUUGAAAUAUGCGAAUAUCGAUGUGGCAAUGCGUGUUGCACCGUUGCCGAGAGCGCAUACGAAUAAUUACACGUCGCAAAUACAUUUCUAUAAAUAACGGAGUACAGAUUUUCCCGCACGUAUAUGAUCUCCAUUUCCAGAGAGAGAGAGAGGGAGAGAGAAAGAGGGAACGAAGUUUGCCACGAAAAUGUCAAUACCGCCUCACGUCUGCACCGAUAUGAUAUCGAAGAGAAAAGCCGAGUCAUAAUUUAUUACACGAACGAAAAAGCGAACUCGGGAGAGUCCGCAAUUUCUUUGCGAGGUAUACAUACGUCGCGUUAUUAUUAAUUGAUAAGGAGUAAUGAGAUUAAAAUGUACUUCAAUCUUGACUCCGCGAUAAAUUCUACCCGUUACUGUCACACGGUCGUGAGAAAAAAAAAAGGAAAAAUUUCUCAACACACGAAUAUCACUCCAGUUGAAUAAACUUGAUAACGGAGCCAAGGUCAGCUCGUGGGAUCACGUUAUAUUGCGUUACGAUCGUAACGCUGCUGGGAAAACGGAUGAACGAAAAUGGCGGUUGGUCCGAAAUAAUGAAAAAAGUCGGUCAUCGCGAUCGCGUUUCGUAGAAGUUGAAAUUUUGCUUGUACCUUCUUCGAUUCAUCGUCUCGUAACGAAUUGGACGAAUACGUCUUUGAAUCCCCCCCCCCCCCCAAAGUUCGCGACGCGAGAUUGCGGAUAAUUUAACGUUAUCUCGUAUCAACUUUUGAGAGCGACUGUAAAGGAGGAAAGUAGCAGAUUUAACUCUGGAGGCGACGUAUUUUCUUGAAUGGCGCACACCGAUGUACACCAACUUACAAUUUACGUAGCGUCGCGUGCAAGUGUGAGAAAACGAGUCGUGAUGUUAUUCCCAUGCCAUGCAGCAGCAUCGGACCGAUGGUGAAUAUCCCCUACCAGUAUAUUAUUGUCUGAACGUCGCACUCGCGAGCCGUUUUACAAAAGACAUUCAAUCUCGUGCGGUGGAUCCAACAGCUUUCGGAUCGUACGAACAAUAAUAACAACAAAGCUGGUUGUAUCAUAACAACGACCAACUGUCAUCGAUCGUCGGUAGUUGAUAUCAAUGAGACUGGAAUUAUAGGAGUGAAGUGCCUUCGUGACGUGAAAAUUAUGAACGAGGAGAUCUGAUCUUCGUAUACCGUAUUAUAGACAUUUCCGUUCCACGUAUUAUCGCACCGAUACGUUUUAAUUUAUUAGCAACGCACGAUGAUUUCGCGCUUUCUUAUCGCCGCUAUUGUUCUUCUUGUGGAAUUUUCAAACUGCGAAUCGAUAAUGGUAUUCCGUCGCGGCGAAUAUUCCGUCGGUAUUUCCGACGAUGCGGGAAUUUUACAGUCCGUACAACCCGUUCAAAAUAGAGCUGAAUCCGGUCAUUCUCUGGAUAUCUCGUUGAUGGAUAUCACUUUUCUGGACGAACAUGCUUUCGAUUCCGUUCCCGAUGUGACCGAACUUUCUUUGAGAUGGAACAACAUUUUAGCCCUGGAUUCCGCGCAGUUUGCCGCGCUCAGAAAUUUGAAGAAAUUAGAUGCGAGACAAACCGGCCUCAGAAAUAUCGCACCUGGUUCCUUUUCCGGGAUGGAAAAACUCGCGGAGGUCUAUCUCCAGGGAAACGCGAUCGCCGAGCUACCUCCGGGUAUUUUUAACCCCCUGAAGAGCAUAAGUGUACUAGAUAUGUCGUCGAAUUCGAUCGGUGAGAUUCCUCCCGGGACUUUUCUGGGACUCUCGAAGUUGGUGGUACUGGAUUUGAAAGGAAAUAAUUUAACCGCGUUUCCCGCGGGAGCUUUCAACGGUCUCGAAGACCUGGGAAAUCUCGGGGUCGCGGAUAACCGCGUAUCGCAAAUUUUGCCCGGUACUUUUGACGGACUCGCGAAAUUGCGCGAGCUCGAUUUGCACGGGAACGAAAUUUCCCAGCUGCCCGACGGAAUAUUCAAUCACCUGGUCAGCGUGCGCAGCAUCAACCUGAGGGAUAACGAGCUGGCGCAAUUGAAACCGGGACUUUUCAACGGGUUGACAAAUUUGAGGGUGCUCGACUUCGGGGGGAAUAAAAUUCCGGAAUUACCCGAGGGUACUUUCGUCGGCUUAACGAAUCUGAGAAACCUUUCCAUGGCCGACAAUCUUCUGAGCGAAUUACCGCCCGGGAUAUUCAACGGAUUGAGUAAUCUUGAAGAACUCGAAUUGUUCGCGAACCGUAUCAAGAGAUUACCCCCCGGAACGUUCGACGGAUUAGGCGCGUUGAAAAAUCUAAAUUUAGAGCACAACCGACUCGAUGAAAUCCCCUUAGGUGUUCUCAGCGUUCUUCCGAAUCUGAAAAUUUUGUUAUUCAGUUACAAUAACUUACGAAAUUUUCCUGGAGGCACUUUUCACGCUCUGACCAAACUCGAAACGAUUCAUCUCGAGGGUAAUAAAAUCCCAGCGAUUCCUGAAGCUACUUUUUCCAGAUUGACUCGCUUGAAAUUCUUGCAUCUCGAGGAGAACGAGAUCACUUUGAUCUCCGAAAACGCUUUCGAUCGAUUACCCGCUCUGCGGACGUUGUACCUGGAAAAAAAUCGAAUCACUUCGUUGAAACGUGGUACGUUCAACGGGAUGGUGAAUUUAAAAGUCCUCCACCUGUCCGACAACCGUAUAAACUCGAUAGAACCAGAAACAUUCGCUGCGCUUCCGAAAUUGGAAAAACUUUCACUGAGCAGUAACAACCUUCGGGAUCUACCGGCGACAGUGAUUAGAGAUCUGAAAAAUUUAAAGGAAUUGAAUGUGGACAACAACUCGUUGUCGUUAUCGCCCGCCGUAGAUCAGCUGCCAAAACUUGCGUGGUUGAAUGUACGAGGCAAUUACAUGAAUUCCGACACCUAUAUUUAAAAAGGAAACACGUUCAUAUUAGCAUCGCAAGAUAACGAUCAUCCAACUUCGUAUCAUCAUUUUAUUAAACGUGUAAAUUUUCACAGAUAAUUCCAACGAUGUUCGCCGUCGACUUUUUGAACACUCGUACCUCUGUGAACAGUUAAUUGUCCGAAAAAUGUUCAUUAAAUGAAAUUGACAUCGACCGGACAACGAAGGACGCAUUUUUUCCGCUAUAUAAUUGGUGAGGAUGAACGUUGGAGCGAGUCCUGAACUGUGCUACGUGUGAACUGUGCGUUUUUUUUUUGUCGCUAGCCAUGUCUUAUUCAUGUGAUUCGAGUGCAUCGAUAAAGUGGGAAGAACAUGACGAUAUCGAUGAUAUUAAUGCCAUGGAUUGCUU